UAAAAAAUUAUCUGAAAUUGAAGGUAGUUUGCAGUUGUGUAAUUUAUCAAAAACGCGAUGGACGUCUCGUGCAGAAUCGGUUAAAGCAGUUUGGACAUCGUUUGAAAUAAUUCUUGAAACUUUGCAAGAAAUCUCCUCUUCAAAUUUAUAUGAUAGAAAAACUAAAAGCCAAUCAAUAGCUCUGUUUAAAAAAAUAACAACAUUUGAUUUUAUUGUAUCAAUAAUAUUUAUGAAAAAUGUAUUAUAUAAACUCAUAGCACUCACAGAGAAGUUAGAAGCAAAGGAAUUGAAUAUAAUUGAUGCAAGUAAUUUAAUAGAGGGUGCAAUUAAAUCGCUUGAAAAUAUAAACAAAGAUUCUGAUGGACUGGAUACUAUUAUAGACGCAGCUCUAAUAUUUUCAAGAAAACUAGAUUUAGAUCCAAUAGAAGAUUUUAAGAAACAUCAUCAUAAACGAUCGAUACCAAAAAUAAUAGAUUCUAAUCCAAUGACUCAAUCAGACUUCUCAUUAAAAUUAUUUUAUCGUAAAGAAUUUAAACAAGUAUUAGAUACACUGAUAAGCUUAACAACUGAACAUUUAAAAAUAACUAUUGAAACACUCAAACCUUUAUUUAAUAUUUUCAAAAUGCCAUUUGACAAUAAUACUUGUUCAUUAGAAAAUGUUGCGGGUGCUGUAAAAUUAUUUCCCGAAAUGACAAAUAGUGCGAAAAUUCACGACAUUGAUGCAAUACAUGCAGAAAUUGAAAUUCUGUUAAAUCAAUGUGAUGGAGAAAAUUUAAAUAACAUUUUUGAAAAAUCUGAGUCAUCAAAAUCAAUUCUUCCGUGGGUUAAUCGAAUUUGUCAUUUAGCAUUGACUGCUCCUGUUAUUACUGCAUCUGACGAAAGAAUGUUUAGUAAAUUAAAAUUAAUAAAAAAUUACCUAAGAUCGAAAAUGGCUGAUCAACGAUUAAAUGCACUAAUGAUGUUGAGUUGUGAAAAAGACAUAACAGAUACUUUGGAUAUCGAUGAUCUUGUACACAAAUGGGCAACGCUGAAGCAACGCAGGGUUCAAUUGUGAUUAAUAUAAGUUUUUAAAAUUUUAAAUACUGUAACACUCAUUUUAUAACCAUUUUGUAAUAAAUAA